CUAGGAUUUGAGCGUCCGUGCAGCAGCCCAGGUGAGAGAGCUUGUGGCACUCACAGACCUGCGUGUCUCCCUCAAACAUCAUCCUCAGAAACCCCUCCUUUUUUUUUUUACGAGACAUUGCUGGCAGGAUCGUCGCUGUUGCAACAGCAGACCGAGGAUCUAGCCGUAUCACCCUUGGUUUCUUUAGACGGCGAUCACCCAGAACAGAGCCUGUGCUUCUCACCUCCUUAACGAUCCCGCCGGUGUUGAAUUUAUACAGUUAUAUUUCCUCAAUUCAAAGUUCCACCACAGCUCCCUGCCCGUCAUGUCUGACGACCCGACGAUUCUCCGACCCCGUCCACGACGGGUGUUUGACCUCACUCCAGCCUCUACCGAAUCAUCCGAACCCACGAGCCCUGCGGAACCCGCGAACCCAGACCUUUUAAACCCUAAGGAUGCCGGGUCUACCAGCGUCAGUCGGACCGGUUCGAUCAUGAAUUUGACGACCCCGACACUUUAUGGUAUCUAUUCACCGACGGCUUUCGAGGGUUCCCGGGACGAAAACAGUCCUUGGGGGACGGAAGCUCAGACGCCAGCCAUCGAAAAGCCAAACCCCCUCACAGUACCGGAAAAGCCAGAUCGAUUCACCCUGAAGAGGACACGUUCACGACUCAGUCACGGGCUAUUCCUGGGUGUGAUCCUGCCCCAAGCACUUAAGGCCGCCCUCUUGUUCAGCUUUGGCAUAGUCUAUGGGGUCAUCACAAUUCACUUACACGAGAAUCAUUGGAUUACACCGGUGAAGCUGGAAAACACCCACUACUACGGGUCAUGGGAAUACCUGGGAUUCUGGGGUGUAGCCGGAGUCGUUUUGGGGAAUGUGCUUCCUGGCCUGGAUCUUUUCUCGGAAGACGUUACGGUUGACAACGCCAAGCAGCCGAGUCGGUCGAGCAGCGACGAAGAGAAUGAAGAGCGUACUCUGUCGUGGGUUGCAGCGGUCCGGAGCGUUGGCGCUUUUGUUGGGGUAGCAUUUGCUAUGCGAAGGACCCCUUGGCAAUCGACUACACAAGCAUCGGCGACGCUCGCUCUCGCAAACCCCGUCCUCUGGUAUCUCAUUGAUCGCACCAAGACAGGCUUUUUCAUGUCCACUAUCGUGGGAGUAGGUGGAAUGGGAAUUGUAUUGGCACUCAGGCCGGAUUUAGUGCCGCCUUCUACGGGGGCAUCCGCGACGGUGAUUCCCGCCCUGAACAGCACUUUACGGGAUCUCGGGUUGGGAACAGGUAUCACGCAAGAGAGCCUUGCAGUCAGGACUUGGGUUGCCAGUGUUUUGUUCAGUGCGUGCGUUUGCUUUGGGAACAUUGGUCGCCAACUAGCGAUUUUUGCGCGCAGGGAAUCCCUCCAGGCAUGAAUCAAGCAUGGCACCAGCAUUGAACUUUUAAUCCUCCUUUUCCUUUCACUUCCCAAUUCCACUCAUUUGAGCGUAUUCACAGGGUUCCCUUCCUCCGCGCUCUCAUUUAUGCUUCUAGGAUUCCUAUAUGUCAUAUUACUCGGCUUUGGUAGUAAAGUGUGCAUGGAUAGACCCUAGCCGGCGUGGUCAUUGAUAGAAAAUCACGGCGACUUGACAAUUACAAUGUUGACACGCCCAGUCG